UUCCGUGCGGUUGGUUCAACGUGAACACUGACGUCGGUCGAGUCGUUUGAUCCGUGGUUUUAUGGCAAACGAUAAGAGUGGUGGGAACUAAAUCCGGUUUGUGGUCGCUCGAGCGCUCAAAUUCACAGUGGCAGUUAACUGCUUUCGAGGGCGGUAGAAGUUUCCGUAACCUUGCCGUUCGAUAGAUGACGGAAUGAUUGGGCGUUGAAGGUUUACAGGUGGUGGUGCAUUUAGUUUUCCCGCCCGCCUUCAAACAAUGAACGUCAAUGAAUGAACGGCUUAUGUGCGAGCGAAUGAUAGUUUAGCCGGUCCGUACCGAAGGAUUGAACUAACUGGUGCCUGUUCUGGUUGUGAUAGGACACGUAGAAGGAAGCACACCAAGAAUAACGACGGCGAUGAUUGCUACAAUGAUGGUGAAUUCGGUGUGUUAAAUUUCAAUUUAUUAGCACUGUGCGACGUGGUGUGAAAGGCAGUUUCCGUCAGUUGAUUUGAAAGCGUAUCCUGCUGUGCUCUGGUUGAACGUCGUGGGAUACUUCUUCGAGUGUGGAAAACAUCCAUAAAACAUAGCAAAUAACAGUGUGUCCCGGUGGUGAUAGAGAACCGGCCCAAAACGGGUGGAAAAAGUUGAGUCUUUCGAGCGUUAAACGUGUAUGUAUAGUAUAACCACCAAAAGUUGGGAAAGUACAGGACAAAAAAAAGGCCGAACAAAGCCAAAGUGUAAAAACUGAGCAUCCGAAGAGAAGCAAGCAGACAAGCAGCCGCUUAAUUUCGGAAGGCAACAUCAAGCGUGAAAGUGAGAAGCCAAGUGAAACAGGAGAUAAAAUAAAAUAAAUUCACAUCGUUCAGCCGAAAAGUGAGAUUUUCCAGUGACUGCCAACCCUGGGCAUAGCGAGCUGGGAAGAAGCGGGGUAAAAUUGAAACAACGGUAAAAGGCAUUAUUUUCAAGUCCAGUUGGUGAAAAACAUAGUCGAGCUAUACAUAUCUCAGCUAGUCAGUGGUGGUUCAUAUUAAUAUUGCCGGUACUGGUCUCUCGGGGAUCAUCAUCUUUAUCUACUGAACAGUUGGCGGUAGUCUAUCAGGUUUCUUUCGAUUCUAACGUGACUCACCUUGGCGGAAUCGCUCCGAUCGUGGUCCCAGCUCAGGUCAGACGAUGCGACCCGGAUUGGGGGCAGAUAUUACCGGCUAAGCCGAUUAUGCUGUCUGUCACAUGCUCGAAUAGCUGAAGGUGCCGCAUAUUAUCCGAGCAGCAGCAGCCAGCGUCGUCAUCCGACAAUCCGAGAGCGUGUUGGACGAGUACAAGUCACCGCAGACAGGAUCCAUCGUUCCAGCCCUGAUGUUACGCAUAUUCCGAUAGGAGAAGUCCAAGGAAAUAUUCUUCAGUGUGCGUUCUGGAGCGUCCAAUUCAUCCGAGCGUCUGGCAAGUAGCCGGAAAGAAAACAAUCACCAUAGCGGUCGCCAUUAAAAUGUAACAACCAGCAAACCACUGGAAGCGAUCAUCCUCGGUAACGCGCAACGCUGUCCGACAGGAGGAAAAUUGGUCUUUUCCUACCGCCCGCCCAUAUCUGCUGGCAGCCAGCCCGAUAGCAUCAGCUGCACACCAGGACUACGCUUCCGCUGCAAUUAGGGAUUGCUUCACCGAAAAAACACUCGACUCACGGUGACGGUGCCGGUUAGUGCAGUGCAAUUGUGAGAAUGCAUUCGAUAGAGCGGUUUAGUGGUCGGAGUGGAGCACACUUCUAGACAAGGGGUAAAAACGGAACAAAGAAGAAAAAGUGCACAAUAGUAACGGUGGAAAAUAAAAGCAUUCUGGUUGGAGAUCUGUGUGGAGAAAAGUGCUGGAAAUCGGUGCUCAUAGUGAUAGUAUAGUGGUUCGGGUGGGAGCAUAAAUAUACCAAAGUGGCGCGGAAAACUGCAACGGGAGCAACAGAGUGCCGAAACGGAGCCUAGAAAUGGGACACAUAAAUUUUGUGGAGCUAAAGCUUUUGUUGAAUGUACUGUUCGUAGCGAUACUGGUCCACGGUCAUGGCUCACAAUCUGAUUCGCAGCCGGAGUUUUUGGCUCCACUUGAUAAUCUCACGGUGACGCAGGGACGCGACGUGUCAUUCACCUGCGUGGUGAACAAUCUAGGACAAUACCGGGUGGCUUGGAUAAAAUCCGACUCGAAGGCAAUUCUGGCCAUCCACACCCACAUGGUGGCGGUGAAUCCGCGCCUGUCGGUCACGCACAACGGACACAACACCUGGAAGCUGCACAUCUCGCACGUACAGCUCAAUGACUCCGGAAGCUACAUGUGCCAAGUGAACACGGAUCCAAUGCGGCAUCAGUCCGGAAAUCUGGACGUGGUAGUCCCCCCGGACAUAUUGAACACUAACGAUCCGAACAGUGCCUCCCUGGAGGAGGGAAUCGCCAACGAGGGCGGCAACAUUCAACUCGUGUGCCAAGCGGUCGGGGUGCCUCUACCAAAUGUACAAUGGCGCCGGGAGGGUGGCAAAGAUAUCGUCGUACGGUCCGACGGACGGGAGAAACAAGUGGUGAAAUUGGUUGAAGGAGAACGGUUGGUGCUGAAUCAGGUGCAGCGAACCGACAUGGGCGGGUACCUGUGCAUCGCUUCGAACGGAGUGCCUCCUUCGGUUAGCAAGCGGUACGACGUGCAAGUAAACUUUCCACCCAGCGUGAAAGCCGGCAAUCAGUUGGUGGCAGCUCCGGUCGAAAGUCACGUCAUGUUGCAGUGCACCGUGGAAUCAUUCCCAACGCCGCUCAAUGGGUGGUACAAAAACGAUGGAAUCAAACUGUACGAGGGCGAAAAGUACGUCGUCACCGAGGAAAAACUGAACGCCUUUACCUGGCAGCUUAAUUUAACGGUGAAAAAUCUCCAGAAAACAGAUUUCGGAGCGUACGCAUGUUCCAGUAUUAACGCUCUGGGGAAGGCCGACGCCCGGAUACGAUUACAAGAACUUCGAUUGCCGCCGAAACCGACAACUACCCCGACACCGUACGUGCCGCCAACGCAGAAGCAGCCCCGCCGGAAGCAGCAUCAUCAGAGCCACGGUAAGGCAAGUCACGAUGGCAACGGAAAAAGUGGUUUGGGCGGUGGCUUCAACCGAGACAGCUACAUCAUCAAUCACAUCCAGGAGAACGACCUGCUCGGCGGGUUCGGAUCGGACGUGCCCCCCCGAGGAGGUCCCGGAGCGAACGGCGGUGGUCUCGGUGGCUACGGUUCCGGUGCGGGUGUGUACGGUGGCACCGGAAGCAGCAACAGCGGCGGAACUGGCCCCAGCGGAAGCAGCCUGGAGAAGGCACGCAACACCCAAAUGCCUGCGUCCAUCCCGUCGCGGCAGCCACCCCACUGGAUACGAAACAGCGGUUCGGCAUCGUGCAGCCGGGGCCCGUUCGGGUUCGGUGCGGGCUGGCUCGACGGAUCACUGCUGUUGCCACCCCAGCGAAGGGGGUUGGCGGCAGCCUUCGUAAGCUGUUGUUUACUGAUGAUUUAUAGCCUGUUGAUGUUGCUGACAUUUACAUGAAAUUAUGUCUAUGGGUGUUAUCACUACUGUUAGGAUGCGUGUGCAUAUUAUCAUCAUUAUAAAUACAUCUAUAUCGGAGGGCAUAUAUCGGAGGGGCUGAUCGGUUUCGCCGUGGAUGAGCGGGAUAACAAUCGGAGUGCGCUUGGAUGGAUCAAAUUUUAUGCGCGAGAUGAGUUUUGUAAUUAAAUCUGUUUCAUCUUCGAAUCUGUUUCAUCUUUUCUCAGGCUUCAGUUAAAGAACUGAUAUUUUAGGAAAGGAUUAUUGUUAGAUGAAAAAUAGCUUAGAUGAAAAAUAGUUUAUAUUAGUUUAUAACAGAUACUACAUGACGAAUUCCAGUGAAAUGUCUCGUGCGCGCAUACUUCUAGCGCUAUGAUAUGUCUAAUAGUAUAUUUUACACUUUUCUUUUAAAUGAUUUGAUGGUUUUGUUUCGAUUAUAGAGGUUUUAACCGUAAGGUCAUUCGCCUCUUUUUUCGGAUUAGAAAAACUUAUAACCCUAUAUUAAGAGGUACGCUAUGUCCGCUCUGCUAAAAAAAUAUUUCGUUUAUUUACAAGGUUAUUUUUUUCUUCUUUUUAUAUUAGUGAGGAUCUUCAAAUCCCUCAUUCGCAUUUUGCAAUUGCGUGUAAAGACGUUUUUUGCAAUGGGGAAGUAUUUAUGACAUCGCCUGCUGCAUCUUGGUUACCAUUUAUUUCUUACUCAUGCAUGUCUUUAUCGAUAAUUCUGUCAUGGUGUUUUUAAAAACAGAUCCUCUUUAUUGCCAUGACUGUGAGCCCGUUGGUAUUUGCUUCCUUGCUGAUGUGGCUGACUGUUGUCGUGGAGAUACUGGCCGCAGCUUUGCCAGUUCUCACUAUGGCCUGAAUAGCAAACACAAAUUUAGCAGUUGGUGGUCCAGGGUAUGGUAUUAAAGACAGUUUCUUGCAUUUCAAUGUUAUGAUUUUGAUGAGUUUUCAGUAGCGCUUUCGGAACACGGUUUUCCUUAGUGUGUCGUCGAAUCACAAAUCUGACACGUAUUAAUUUGUCCUUGAUAUGCGCAACGCGUGGAUGGAGGCAAAUCAAGUCUCCAUCAACUAAUCUCGACCCCAUGGUGCACUGGUCGAGUUGGCGCGAAAUCCCUCGUUGACUGUAACCAUCUUGUGUAACCACAGGCGAUUUAUUAUUGCAACAUAAGGGUAAUAAUUCUAAAAUGUAAUAGUAAACAUGCACCAGCCAAUCAAAAAAGUACUUUUACCAACACUCCAAUGAUUUGCUCACUCCAAACACCACAAUUCAAAAAUGAAAUAGGGACGCGCCCGUGAUAUGUCAGAUAUGAGUCAGAGUAAAUACUGAAAUGCAUUUAAAAACAAUUACCCCCUCCUGGCACUACUGAUGUAAAUGAAUUUAGGCUGCAAAUCGGUUGCCGUUUUGUAUGUACAUAUACAGUUAAUUUUAACGGCAGAAAGGUUACACGGUACGCGGUGUCACAGUGGGUAAGCUCCCACUGAAAUGACCACCACAGCGGGCUCAUCCCUAUAAGCUACCGAGGAUAGUGCUGUGGUGUCGGGGGAAAACAGUACAUUACACACAACGAAUGUCCAAUUACCAUAAACGAGGUGCGUAUCGAAAAAUAACACACACAUGCAAGGGUAGGGUGCAUUUUAUUGAAUUUAUUCAUUACAUGCGCCCGAUUUGAGUUUGUUUUUGAAC